AUGAAGCUAGGAGGCUCGGUGCCGGCCUCCCCGCCUCCGUCCGGGGCCCUGGCCGCCCCCACCGUCCGCCUGCUGUCCGGGGCCUCGAUGCCCCUCCUCGGCCUGGGCACCUGGGCGUGCCCUCCGGGGGUCAUCCAGAAGGCGGUGGACGUGGCCCUGGACCAUGGCUACCGGCACUUUGACUGCGCCUAUUUUUACCAAAACGAGGAGGCCGUCGGAGAGGUCGUCCGCAGGAGAAUCAAGGAGCGGGGCGUGAGGCGGGAAGACCUAUUUAUUGUGAGCAAGCUUUGGAACAUCUUUCACGACCCCGGGGACGUGAGGCCGGCCUUCCUCAGCUCCCUGCGGAGCUGGAAGUUGGACCACCUUGACCUCUACUUGAUGCACUCUCCCAUGGCCUUCCAGAACCGCGGUGGAGAGCUGCUGCCCCUGAAAAAUGGGCUGAGACUGCAGGCCGACGUCGAUUACCUGGACACGUGGAAGGCCAUGGAGAGGCUAGUGGAGGAAGGUCUGGUGAGGGCCAUCGGCGUGUCCAACUUCAACGUGGCCCAACUGCAGCGACUUCUGGGGGCCUGUUCCAUCCGGCCAGAGGUCAACCAGGUGGAACUGCACCCCUACCUGACCCAGACGAAACUGGUGGAAUUCUGCCAAUCCCAGAAGAUCGUCCUCACGGCCUACAGCCCGCUCGGGGGGCCGGCCCCGGCCCUGCCUCCACCCCCGGACGGACCCCGGAAGGUCCUGGAAGCCCCCACGGUGAAGGAGAUCGCCCGGAGACACGGGAAACAGAGCGCCCAGGUGCUCACCGAAGCCCUGGACCCAACGCCCGGCCCCAUCCCACCCAGCCCGGCCAUCCUGAUCCGUUACCACCUCCAGAGGGGCAUCUGUGCCAUCCCCAAGAGUGCCACCCCUUCCAGGAUUGUGGCCAAUGCCCAGGUCACCGACUUCUCCCUGAGCCCGGAGGAGAUGGAGGCCCUUGGAGGGCUGAACCGGAACCAGAGAGCCAUGCCCUGGGACUCCUUCGGGAUCGACACGCACAGACACUACCCCUUCGCGGACGACGAGCAGACUGGGCCGCAGUCGGGAGGCGAGAGGCCCGCCGACCACCGAGCCUGA